CACACCCCUUUUCUUUUUUCCCCUUCCUUGUCCUCACCGGAAGUUGUCCUCUUCCAACCGGAAGUAAGCCCUUUUCUUUUCCCCCUCCCGGGCUCCGGAAACGCGCGCGGCGCCCCGAGUUAUUGUGCGCGGGAGAGGGCAAGAUGGCGGCCAAUAUGUACCGGGUGGGAGGUGAGUGAGAUCCAAAUUGCUUUUUGAAUGUCCUGCUCAUACUGUGAGUGCUGUAGUGAUGCGGUGGGCUGCGUGGUGCCCCCCGUUUAUAAUCCACACGGUCGGUGAAUGUGAAGCACUCAUUACAGACGGCAGCCAUUUAACGUUUCCCUCUGGGCUUCCCAUCUCUGAGCGUGGGAGGAAUACCCAGCCACCAGAGCUCCCUUUAAUGCACGUGUGAGCAGGGAGAUAUCACUCCAUGCAAGAUUUCACAUAAAUAAUAAUCUCAUGCAUAAUAUAGGUUUAAUAUAUAUAUACACAAAUUACUCCUUAUGUAAGGGUUGGUAUCAAUGGGGUUGUGUGUGUGUGUAUAUAUAUAUAUAUAUAUUAAAAGAUCACUCUAGUUUCAGGAAAACAGCGGUUUUCCUGACACUAUAGUGCUUUGAGGGUGCCCCCUACCUCAGGGUACCCCUCCCGUGGUUAAAACCCCUUCAACAGAUUACCCUAUUCCAGUGGCGGCCUCCCUCGGCGCUGGUGACCUCUCCUCCCCCGCUGACGUCAGUGGAGCUGCAUGCGCGGCAAGUGCCACGUGCGCAUUCAAAGUGUCCAUAGGAAACCAUUUCUCAAUGCUUUCCUAUGGAUGCUCUGCGCGAUGUAUGCGACAUUCGCCUCCAGCGUCGCAGAUGCGCCUCUAGUGGCUGUCCAGAAGACAGUCACUAGAGGCUGGAUUAACCCUAAAUGUAAACAUAGACGUUUCUCUGAAACUGUUAUGUUUACGUGUGAAGGGUUAAAACCUGAGGGACCUGGCACCCAGACCACUUCAUUGAGCUGAAGUAGUCUGGGUGACUAUAGUGUCCCUUUAAAUGUAUUCUAUAUUAGUUGAGUCUGAGGGGAAAAUAAAAAUCUAUACCCUUUAGAGUUUGGGCCUGUAUGAACGAAAAGGCCAACAAGAGCAUCUGCAAACUCAAAUGGCUAAGGCUAGGAAUCAGGGGGUUUAAGAGCUUGUAUUGGAGAGGUUCGUCAGCCAUCAAAAGCAUUGCUGCUCACUGUAGUGGUUAUUAUUUAUAAAAUGGCAGCAAAUUACGCAGCGCUGUUAUGAUGUUAGGAGUACCCUGGCCUCAGAUUCCCAGUGAUGGGGAAAACCCUGCUGGGUUUUCUGUUAGUACAGAACUACAACAUCCAACUUCUAAUGCUCGUGGAUUGGCUAAGCGUGUCAGCCAAUCAUUCUCAGCCAAUGAAUGAGUCAAUGGAAAAAUGCACAAAUAUUUACGUUAACCAGGCUGUAACUCUUGAUCCGGGCUAGCUAAUGAUGCACUGUUGAUUCUGCUGGAGGUGGAGUCUCCGGCAGCAAAAGGGUUAAACUUCAUUCAUACAUAUUUUCAGAGAGACCGCUGCAAAUUCUGACUCCAGACACUCGAGCCACUUCAAAACACUGAAGUAGUCAUGGUGCCUGGAGUGACUAUUUAAAUAUGCUCUUUUGUAUGGGAGUGAUUUUUGCAGUCAAAGGCUAUUGUGUCAUGGCUCCAAGUGGACAGGAGGAAUACCUGCUCCAAACAGCGCACUUGCAGAUAAGCCCUAUUUAUUUGCUGUUUUUAUGCAGUAUUCCAUGUACCUCACUGGCAUUAAUUUCACAUUACAGGCAAUGUAUUUCACAAAUAAAUGUGAGAAAUAUUGUUGGCUCUGCAAUCAAUUUAGUGAUCAGCGUAUAUAGGGAGAUAUGUCUCCAAUAUUAGUUUUACUUUGGUUUCUGAACAAUUCUCGUCUGUUUAAAGUGUAAGAAAAUUACUUCAAACAUGUAAUCACGGGGCUUGUACAAACAUUGCCUUCAUGGUAAUGUAAACAAAAGUAACUUGUGGGCUUAGACAUCAAAGGUUUUCAAAAAGCAACAAAUGCAUGCCAGUUAUCAUUGUGAUACUGUAUGUCGCAUGUGUAUUCGUUUUUAGCCGAUGUCUUUAUGAAGUUGUUAUUCAAAUCAUUCUAAAUCCAUUUUCCUUACACAGGCAAUAUAUUUACUCCACUAACUGCAGUUAUAAAGAAAAAUCCAAGCCUUACAGUAAUUUGUCAUUCACUGUGACCAGUAAACAUUCACAGUUCCUUUGAUAAGACCCCAAAUCCUGCUGUGCAAAGAAGGCAAACAAAAUCUGUGUAAAGGCUUGCCAAUUUAUCUUUUAAACUAAAUGUGUAAAUGCUUUGCUUUGAGUAACCCUUAAUUUUUUUCCAGUAUUUUUGACGUUGUACACUUUGAUUAAAUAUGAUAAUUUCACUAUGUAGACAUUUCUAACCAUCUAGUUUUUAAAGCAGCCAUCACUGCCUCUGGUCUUUGAAUAUUUUGUAUACACCCCAAUGUUGACUGCUCAGCUGGGUGUCCAUUGGCUGUGUUGGAAGGUGAGUUGUACUUACCUAAACUCGUCCCUCGCAGCUGCAAGCAUGGUCCUUUUUUUCGCUCCUGACUGUACUCUUGUGCAUGUACAAAAGGACAACACCGGGAUUUAUGAAAGAUUCUGAUCACUAGUGAUAACUUAGACAUGAUAAAUCUUGGUCGUGGUAGCUUCUCAAUUUGUCAAGCAUAGGAAAUAUAUACUAAGACAAAGUAGUCCUUUAGUAUAUCUUUAGGCUGCAUUGGAAUUUUCAGUGAAAUUCCAAAACAGUCACUGUGAGUAUACUCAUGGGGAGUGUUUAAAUAUCCGCGUAGAACUUCUGAAGUUUAUAGUAGUAUAGGUCAGGGCUCAAGUUUCACAAUGCCAGCCAGGCCUAACAUUUACAAGCUUCCUUAAAAUGCACAUGAACAGCAUUUGAUUUUGAUAUAUAGAAUGAAGUGUUGGCAUGUGAAUUCAGGUGGUUUAUAUGUUUGCAAUAUGACUGUCUAUAUUUGUGUUCGUUAAUUCAGGGCAGUGUAUGCGUUUAUUGGUAUAUUUGUGUUGUGUCAGUGUUUGAAUUCCCCUGACAUAUUUUUGUUGUCUGUGUGUGCAUUAAAGUAUUGUUUGUGUUGCGCAUUAAAGGAACACUAUAGUCACCUAAAUUACUUUAGCUAAAUGAAGCAGUUUUAGUGUAUAGAUCAUUCCCCUGCAAUUUCACUGCUCAAUUCACUGUCAUUUAGGAGUUAAAUCACUUUGUUUCUGUUUAUGCAGCCCUAGCCACACCUCCCCUGGCUAUGAUUGACAGAGCCUGCAUGAAAAAAACUGGUUUCACUUUCAAACAGAUGUAAUUUACCUUAAAUAAUUGUAUCUCAAUCUCUAAAUUGAACUUUAAUCACAUACAGGAGGCUCUUGCAGGGUCUAGCAAGCUAUUAACAUAGCAGGGGAUAAGAAAAUCUUAAACAGAACUUGCAAUAAAGAAAGCCUAAAUAGGGCUCUCUUUACAGGAAGUGUUUAUGGAAGGCUGUGCAAGUCACAUGCAGGGAGGUGUGACUAGGGUUCAUAAACAAAUGGGAUUUAACUCCUAAAUGGCAGAGAAUUGAGCAGUGAGGCUGCAAGGGCAUGUUCUAUACACCAUUAUAGAACAUGCUUCAUUAAGCUAAAGUUGUUCAGGUGACUGUAGAGUCCCUUUAAAGUGUCUGUAUAUGAGUCAGUGCACGUGUACUGCUGGGAUAUUUGUAUGAAUGUGCUCCUUCCUGUCCAUGUCACCUUUCCACAUCCUUUACUCAUCUGUGCACCAGAAUUGUAAUUGUGUAACAUCUAAAUGGCAAAACUCAGGCUUAAAAAGCCAUGCUGUGACUACAUUUGGUUGUUUUUUUCCAGAUCAACUGAUUUAAUUUCAUCCCUACAACUCAGUUCGGUGUAUUAACUAUGUGUGAAUGCAAGGCAAUCGAAAUUAAUUUUCAUAUUAUAGGCUUAGUGGAAUCAGACCUUUUUUUUUUCUCUUGGUCCAGUUUAGAUAUUUUGAAUAUUCCCCCCGUGAAUAAACUUACCUGAUUCCAGCACCGAUGUCCCUCGGUGCUAGGUCGACGCUCCACCUCCUCCGAUAUCACGAUAGCAGCAGGCGUUGGACUUCCCCAUUGGGAAGCAUAGAAUCAAUGCUUUCCUGUGGGGAAAAAAAUCUGCCAUUGGAUAUCCCCAUGUAGAGCACCAGGACAUCAAGCGUCAGAUACCUGACCAAAGGUCUUUUACGAUGCAGGAAGCGUCUCAAGUGGCUGUCUGGGAGACCGCCACUGGAGGCGGACUUAGUGCUGCAAUGAAAACAAUGUGCAAAAGGGACACACCACUUCAGUGUACCUUUAACCCCUUAAGGACCAAACUUCUGUAAUAAAAGGGAAUCAUGACGUCACACAUGUCAUUUGUCCUUAAGGGGUUAAAGAGGAACUUCCACUUCCCAGAACAAGGACACUGCACCAGAAUAUCUAAAGCUUAACCCCUUAAGGACCAAACUUCUGAAAUAAAAGAGAAUCAUGACAUGUCACACAUGUCAUUUGUCCUUAAGGGGUUAAAGAGGAACUUCCACUUCCCAGAACAAGGACACUGCACCAGAAUAUCUAAAGCUUAACCCCUUAAGGACCAAACUUCUGAAAUAAAAGAGAAUCAUGACAUGUCACACAUGUCAUUUGUCCUUAAGGGGUUAAAGAGGAACUUCCACUUCCCAGAACAAGGACACUGCACCAGAAUAUCUAAAGCUUAACCCCUUAAGGACCAAACUUCUGAAAUAAAAGAGAAUCAUGACAUGUCACACAUGUCAUUUGUCCUUAAGGGGUUAAAGAGGAACUUCCACUUCCCAGAACAAGGACACUGCACCAGAAUAUCUAAAGCUUAACCCCUUAAGGACCAAACUUCUGAAAUAAAAGAGAAUCAUGACAUGUCACACAUGUCAUGUGUCCUUAAGGGGUUAAAGGGACACUAUACUCACCAGAACCACUAUAACCUAUUUAUAACGUAUUUGUUCUGGUGAUUAUAAUCAUUCCCUUCAGGCAUUUUGCAGCAAACACUCUUUUCAGAGAAAAGGCAGUGUUUACAUUACAGCCUAAGGAUAACUCCACUGGCCACUCCUCAGAUGGCUGAUAGAGGUGCUUUCUGUGGCAGUGCUGCACACCCUCUUUCCUCAUAGAGUUGCAUUGAUCUAAUGCAUCUCUAAGGAGAUGCUGAUUGGCCAGUCUGUGUUUGGCUUGUUCUGGCACUGCCUCCUUGACAAACUCAGCCAAUCCAAUGUGAAGGCAUUGUGAUUGGCUCAGAACACCACUUCUGAUGAUGUCAGCCAAGAAGGCAUAUCAUGGGCAGAGGCAGCAGCAGACUGCAAUAAAGGUAAGAUUUUGCUAUAAUUAGGGAGGGGGCUAGAUGGUGGUUUUAACACUGUAGGGUCAGUAAUGCAUAUUUGUGUUCCUGACCCCAUAGUGUUCCUUUAAUGUAGUGGUUCAGUUGCAAAAAAGUCCGUUCCUGCUGUCUGACGAUUCUGAGAAAAAGUAGUGUUUACAUUUGUCACUACACACCAUGUAGUAAAAAAUGCCACUAAAGUCGCUUCCUGUUGUAGUUCUGCAAUCUCUGCAGGGUCAAAUGCUCCCCAUAGAUAUGCUUUGAGCUAAUGCAUCUCUGUGAGGAGUUGCUGAUUUGUGGAUCAUGGCAACUGCUAUCCGAAGCGUGUUUUGGGAUUUAUUUAUUUUGGUCUGAAAAUAAAUUUAAAUGUAGAAAUUUGCACUGCUGUACUUACUUAUAUCCUGUAGCUGGGCCUUUAAUCCUGGUUAUGAAAUGUAGUGGAAGAGGAAAAGCCAAAAAUUUUAUUUUUUAUUUUUAUCAUUUUUUGCAUUGUAUGCAUUGUAUGUCCUGGCUGUGAAAUAGUUUGAUGUCACAAGACAAUUCUUUAACCCCUUAAGGACCAAACUUCUGGAAUAAAAGGGAAUCAUGACAUGUCACACAUGCCAUGUGUCCUUAAGGGGUUAAAUUGAUCCUAUUGUUCCCUUUCCACCCUGUUUUUGGUGUGUAAAAUUUGUUAGUUUAUUUGCCUCAUUUCCAGCGCUGGGAACCCUCUGUUCUACUCUCCAGCUCCUCCUCCUCUGAUGUCUGCAUCCAAGCUUGCAUCACCUAUGAUUUCCUCAAAUCCACUGCUUCUUACACGCUCCAUCCAAGUGCUGCUAUCAGUUUUGCUUGGUUCUGGAGUAGGAAGCGCCUAUAAUGGCUGUCUGGAAACAUUCUAGUUGGUUAAAAAAAAAAAAAUAUUUAAAAAAUUACAUUGCAGGUUUAGAAUGACCGGACCACUGCACUCAGACCACUUCAUUGAUUUGAAAUGGUCUAGGUGACUUUAGUGGCCCUUUAAUAUAACUGUAAAAGAAAUGUGGGCAUUACAAGAAAAAAAGUUAGUUUCUUUCCUUGGUGUAAUUCACUUCCAGUGACAUUUUCACCUUAAAAGGACACUAGGCACCUAGACCACUUCAGCUUAUUGAAGUGGCCUGAGUACAAUGUCCCUAUUGCAUUUAGUGUUGCAAUGCAAAACACUGCAAUUUUAGAGAAACUACAAUGUUUAAGACUGCCUCUAGUAGCGCUUCUAUAAUUUCUUGGUCCGUCGUAACCCAGUGCCGAGCUGCAUAAGCGCUGGUGUGAGGUAAUUCACUGCGGCGGGGGAGGCAGAGGUAGCUAUAGUGCCAGGAAUACAGCUUUGUACUCCUGGCACUAUAUUAUCCCUUUUUAAUUUCAUGACACUUUAGUUAAUAACUAGUCAUGUAUUUUGCUUCUCUCCGUUAAGAUCAACUAAGAUGACUGGUUUACAAGUCACUAAAGUAAACCCCUUGGUAACUUACGUCUGUAGCAUGUGCCCUUUGGGGCAGAUUUAUGCCAUGUAAAUCCCCAACACUGCUGGGCAUGGGUUUUCAGGAUAUGCUCAGACGUGAAAUUUUGAAGCCAUGUGAAAAAGUAUGUACAGCAGAGUAGUCCUGCACAUUGAAAGUAUUUUUUCAUUUUUUUUUAAUUUAUUUUUUUAAAUAGUGUUUAUAUAUAAAAGUAUUAUGCCUGAGCAAUUUUCCCCCUGCUCAAGGGGAACUGUCUCUCUCUUGGCCCACUGCUUAGGACUACUACUACUAGUCCUCAAGAUCCUGCCUCCCAUUUACAGUGGCACUGUCAUGGCCGAAUCCUGUUUUGGGUUUUUUAACCCACUUCCUGACUUUACUACAUCUACUUGUCCCCCUAGUCGCCCCCCAAAUGCCCAUAAUCCCUGCAAAUUACCUUUUUUUUAAAAAUAUAUAUAUAUAUUUUUCUGCCUAGACCUAGGUCCUGGGCACCGCCAACUUUAUGUGGGUAGAUGAGGGCCCACAUUAGAUAGCGCUAUGAAAUUUCCGUGUCUUUCAGAAAGACGAAUAAAUAAAUAGAAAUUUCAAACGAACGAAGACCUUUUCGUUAGUUUGGUUUAUUACAAGGAGGGAGCUACAAGGUUGCAGCUUCCUCCUUGUAAUAUGUAAAAAUAGCGUCAGGGAGCAGUGCUCCCCGCCACUUCCUAAGCCCCGAUGACCUCACUCUAUGGGGGUCAAUAUGACCUCCAUGUUAGCAUAAGGGUGAUUAAAAUGGGCAUGUCUACUCAACAGUGAGCAGCCAGUGGCUGCUCAUUGUUUAAAAAAAAAAAAAAAAAGCCCCCUACCUGUGCCGCGCGAGUGGGGGAUAUUAAACUGAUAGGGUGCCUAGUGUCAUCCCUCCGGCCCUCACUCGUGAGCGGCGGGUGGGGCCCCUAAAUGAAAAUGGGGGAGAGGACCUAUUGUCCUCCCCCACCCAUGAGCAGCGGGUUGGGGCCCUAAAUGGGGGGGGAAAGGGACAUCGCGAGAUCACGAAAGAAAUGUAAGAAUUGUGGGAAACCGUCUCUGACCACAUGAAAUGAAGCACACUUUGCUCCUCCGCUAGUCAGAGAUGGUCAGGCGUAGGAAACCUCCAUAAGACAAAAUAGUCUCUACUUUGUCUUAUGUUUUAAAAAAAAAAAAAAUAGAGCAGACAGGAAGAAAUGAAGAACUGAUCCUGACCGAGGGAGAGAAGAGUAAUCGAUUGGGGAAAGGUAGGUUCGGCAUGACAGUGCCGCUUUAAGCAUGCUCUAUAACUCAUGUUACAAUAAACACAAGUGAGACUCCUCCCAAGACAAGGACAGGGGCCAGAUUGCACCCUUACAUGCUUGUUUUAUUGCACAGGGAUCAAAGCUUUAAAUAUUUUGCUGGUACUGUUUGAUAUACCAUUUUAUAUACUAGAGUAUAAGACAAGUUUUUCGGCACAUUUUUUGUGCUGAAAAACCACCACUCUCUUAUACUCGAGUCAAAAAGCACGGCUUUGAAGUUGCUAUGGCAGCAUUGUUUUCUCACAUUUAUAUAUAAUUACAAAAAAAUUAGAUCUAGCGUAGUAAGGUCAGAGAGGAAGUCAAAACAUGACAGAGUAACAAAAAAUGAGGCUGUAAUGUUACUCUGGUGUGUCUUGACUUCAUUUGACCUUACUAUGUUAUAUCUUCUGCUUGCAUGUAUUCUCUACUAUACAUAUGCCACAAUACAAAAAGAGAAUAACAAAAAAUUUUUUUGUUAUAAAUGGAACAUAAGAAUGUAAAGUAUAAAGACCCUCUUUUGCUACUACAUGAGUACAUGCAACUCCUUCUCCAAUUAGAAACCGCAUAAUCUGACAACAUAAAACUAAGAUAUUAUAUUGUCUCCUUCAAAGGGAUCCUUUACUCACCAGAAUUACUACAGCUUAAUGUAGUGGUUUUGGUGUCUAUACCUUGCCCCUGCAGUGUUGGCACUGUAAAUAAACACUGCCUUUUUUGAGAAAGGGCAGUGUUUACAUUGCUGCCUAGUAACACCUCUGGUGCCACUAAAAGUGCUUCCAAUGUGCAGCACUGGCCUUCUGCGUCUCUAUGCUCUGCAUGAAGACGCUGAACGUUCCCCGUAGAGAUGCAUUGCUUCAUCUCUUUGAGGAGAUGCUAAUUGGUGCAGCGCCCAGUUAGAGUAACACUAUAGUGUUCCUUUAACCCUUAGGAGGGCGGGCGUUCUAUGCCAUCCUUAAGGGGCUGGCUCUAAACACUGGCGGGCGGCAUAGAACGUCUUGGCCGUUCUUGCUGCCCACGGGGCCCGGGACCAUUCGCCCGCUGCAGAUCGCUGUCAGGGGGUAUGCCUGGCCACCCAGGUAACCCCCCUGUGCCCAGUGACCGCGGUCUGUAACCUCUGAUUGCAGUGACAGGUUGUCACUGCGAUCAGUAUUUACUAUGUGUCAGCCGUUUUAAAAUCGUCUGACACACGUGGCCGCGGCAUUCUCCCGCUGCAGAUCGUGCGAAAUGCCCGGCCCCCUGGCAGUCCCCCUGCGGUCAGUGACCGCGAUCUGCACAGUCUGAUCACAGUGGUAGCCUAUCACUGCGAUCAUUGUUACUAUGUGUCAGCCUAUUGGCUGACACAUCUAACUGCAGCCAUGAUCUCCCUGCAGAUCGCGGUGGGGGCAUGUCUGUACCAUCCAGGCACUCCACCUGUGGUCAAUUACCUCGAUCUGCAGGAUGUGAUCACAGUGACAGCCAGUCACUGUGAUCACUGUUACUAUGUGUCAGCCAAUGAUCUCAAAUCACUGGCUGACACUGUCUCUGCCCCUCUUAACCCCUUAAUGUUAAUAACAGUUAAAAAAUAAAUAAUAUAUACUUAGAAUAUACAUCUCUAUCUCAAAAUACAUGUAGAAUGAUAUUGAUUAAAUAUAUAUAUCUCAAAAUACACGUAGAAUGAUAUUGAUUAAAUAUAUAUAAUAUAUGUAAAAUUAUAUAUUUCUACAUAAUAGAAAAAUAUAAAUAUGUAAAUACGUUAAAUAAAAAAAAAAAAUGUGUGUAAUUCGUUCUAACUGUAUUUUGAUUAUAUAUUUAUAUAUUUGUUACAAAAUGCCUUUUGUAACUGUUCCUUUAAAUGACAAAUGGCCCUGCUUCCCUGGAUUAUGGAGGAGCCUAUUUGCCAGCCUCCUCACCCAUGACCAUGGACCGGGUGUGUAUGGCCCUUUAAGAACAGUCUGUGAGCAUAUUGGGGCUUAUAGACUUUUUAUGGGACGUAGAGAAAAUUCGGACAAUGCCCCUUUAAGACAGUGUCCCAGACUUGUUUGGGACACUGCCCCUUUAAGCCUGUGUCCCCAGACCUGGUUAAAACCCUUUGUUCCUGACUAUUUCCCACUUGGUUCAGUAAAUGGGGCUUACUGAACCAAGUACCACACAGGCGGACCACCCAGAAGUGGAAGUGUGCAGGCAAUUUACCUCCCAGGUUGGGAGCCUGCAGUAGGUAAAUUGCUGAACGCUGGGUGGCCACUGUUCGCGCAAACGAACAUGUGGUGGCGCUAUCUUUAUUCAUUCAAAUACGGUCAGCGGUGUGUGCAGCCAAAUUCAUGGAACUGAAAUCAGCUGCACAUUUCCGCAAACACCGCUGACCUGUACCUUCUCUCAUACUGAACUUUCAGCUGCAGAGACUGUCCCAUUCAGCGAUGGAACUUAGUCAUUUUUUCAGCCUGAAAUAGACCGACCGCACAGCCCAAAACUAUGGAACUGUUUUGGGCAGGAAAAUGUGCUUGCGGUCGGUCAUAAAGGACUUCUGGCUAACUUUUUAUCUACUGGAUGGGUUUGUCUGAGAGUGUUUACAUUUAGUGUGCUGAUUCUGAAUAUGUAAUUUUUUAUGAAGAUUGGACGUGUAUUUUUAAAGUUAUAGUUACAUAGCUGAAAAGAGACUUGCGUCUAUCAAGUUCAGCCUACCUCACAUUUGUUUUUUGCUGUUGAUCCAAAAGAAGGCAAAAAAAAAACAGUUUGAAGCACGAUUUUACAACAAGCUAGGAAAAAAAUUCCUUCUUGACCCCAGAAUGGCAGUCAGAUUUAUCCUUGGAUCAAGCAGUUACUACCCUACAUUGAAGAUUAUAUCCUUGAAUAUUCUGCUUUUGCAAGUAUGCAUCUAGUAGCUGUUUGAACAUCUGUAUGGACUCUGAUAAAACCACUUCUUCAGGCAGAGAAUUCCACAUCCUGAUUGUUCUUACAGUAAAAAAACCUUUCCUUUGCCUUAGACGAAAUCUUCUUUCUUCCAGUCUAAACGCAUGGCCUCGUGUCCUAUGUAAAGUCCGGUUUGUGAAUAGAUUUCCACACAAUGGUUUGUAUUGGCCCCGAAUAUAUUUGUAUAAUGUUAUCAUAUCCCCUCUCAGGCGACGUUUUUCUAAACUAAAUAGGUUUAAAUUUGUUAACCUUUCAUCAUAGCUGAUAUGUUCCAUUCCUUUUAUUAAUUUUGUAGCCCGCCUCUGCACUUUUUCUAGUGCCAUAAUAUCCUUCUUUAGAACAGGUGCCCAAAAUUGCACAGCAUAUUCAAUAUGGGGUCUUACCAGUGAUUUAUAAAGAGGCAAAAUUAUAUUCUUGUCCUGAGAAUGAAUGCCUUUUUUCAUGCAUGACAAUACCUUACUGGCCUUGGCCACUGCUGAUUGACAUUGCACAUUGUUGCAUAGUUUGUUGUCUAUAACAAUCCCAAGUCCUUUUCGUGUGUUGUUAUCCCUAAUUCGCUUCCAUUAAGGGUAUACGUUGAUUGUGUAUUCUUUACGCCGAAGUGCAUAACUUUGCAUUUUUCAACAUUAAAUUUCAUCUGCCAUUUGAGUGCCCAGUCCCCCAGUCUAUCUAAAUCCCUCUGCAGCAAAGUAAUAUCCUGCUCACAUUGUAUUGUUUUACAAAGUUUUGUGUCAUCUGCAAACACUGAAACAUGACUUUCAAUGCGGUCUUCAAGAUCAUUUAUAAACAUGUUAAAUAGAAGGGGUCCCAGAACAGACCCCUGAGGGACACCACUUGCCACCUCUGUCCAGCUUGAACAUUUACCAUUAAUGACAACUCUUUGUACUCUGUUUUUAAGCCAAUGUUCUACCCAAGAACAAGCAUUUUCAUCUAGACCGAUUUCCUUGAGUUUGAACACUAUUUGAAUCUAUUGUGUGGAACUGUAUCAAAUGCCUUGGCAGAAUCCAAAUAGAUCACAUCCAUGGCAACACCCUGAUCUAUACUUCUACUUCUUCAUAGAACGCAAUCAAGUUAGUUUGACAUGACCUGUGCUUCAUAAAACCGUGCUGAUUUUUGCUGAUAACCAUAUUCUUCUCAAGGAAUUCUUGAAUAUUAUCCCUUAAAAAAACUUUCAAAUAUUUUACCAGCCAGUACAUGUAUAAAAACUGUAUUUUUCCUGCCUGUGUUACUUAUGUUAAGCAUUGUGUACCAUAAUUACAUCACAGACAGAGGGGAGGAUUUUGUUGGUAAUUGCUGGGAGUGUUUUCUGUAAUGUACGUCUCUUAUUGGUUGUUCUGUAAAACCCUGUGGGUGGUCCUAUGUAAGGAAAACCUGCAUAAAAGAAGGCCCUUUGGUGCCAAUAAAACAGAGCUUCUUGACCCUCAACACGUCUUGUCUCGUGAUUGGAGGGGACAGCUAUACUCACAUUGGGGAUUGCUAUGCUCUGCAUACUCCCUUGAGCCUUAAUCACGUAGCUCUUUUAAGAGCUGUUCCUGUUACGCUCUCCGUGGAGGAGAGGUCUUCCCCAAACAGUCCUGGAGGACAGAAGCCGAUCCAGGGUGCACAGAAGACGGCGAGACUCCAGUCAAGCUACGGCGGUUGCGGAGUCUGCAGUGGUUGUGGUGUCCAAAGCGGUGCUCGUGGUCCUCGGCGAAAGCUAGGAAGCGUCCAUCAACGGAGGGUACUCGGUCGGAGUACGGGGAGCUCCGUUACAAUAUUGAUAUCAAAAUACACGAACUAAAAAAGACUGGACAUACCACAUUUGUAAUACUUUGGGUUGUCUAUUAUUGCAAAUGGUAUGCCAUCAUGGGGGUAAUUCUCAUUCCUGGGCUACCAUAUGGUCUCAAAGGCAACGUAACCAAUCUGGCAAAUUUCAGUGUGAAAAAACUGAAAAAUGUAACAUGCUAUAUUUGACCUUGUAACUUCCCAAAACACCAUAAAACCUGUACAUAGGGGGUACUGUUUUACAUGUGAGACAUCGGUGAAUACAAAUGUGUAUUUUACUGCAGUAAAAGCAAACUGUAUUCUGACAUAAUAAAAAUAAAAACAAAAAAAGGUAAUCUUUUUUUUUUUUUUUUUCCCAUUUUUAAAAUAUUUUAUUCAUAUUAAAUUUUCAUAGCUAUAUAUUUGAUGUUAAAUAAAAGCCCUGUUUCCCCGAAUAAAAUUAUAUAUAAGUGUGGGUGCAUUUAAUAUGAAAGGUGAAUUAUGGUUGGACAGACAUAUAGCGCAAAUGCCAGGUUUUGUCUAAAUUUUGUUUUGAUUACAACGGGUAUAUUUGGCUCAGUCUUUAAGGGGUUAAUCCUCUUACUGAUUCGUAGAGAGAAAGCAUUCAUUUCCAUUAAAGAGGUACUUCAGAUCCCUAAAGCUCGUCAGUUUCAUGGUUGUUUAGGAGAUUUGUUUUAUUGCAGUGUGUAGUCCAUGAGAAGGUAUUCUAUUCAAAUCAGGUGGUAGCUGGCUGUCAAAGCAGAACAAGUAGGAAUCAAGUAAUCAUUUCGGUAAAGGUAAUGAAGAUAAAGAAAUACAGCUAAAAUAUGGUUAAUAUAUAGAUUUAAACCUAUACAUUGAGACUUCACUGAGAGGACAGAAACCAUUCAUUCAACUAUACUAACAACAAGGUUGAGCCCAGAGUAAGCAAAAUAAACUCCCUCCCUCCCCCUGCAGCUCCCCUAGAGACAUAAAUGUGUAACUGUUGUAUUUGAUAAUUGCAUCAUGAGUAUUGUCAAUAAUUGUAUUACAGGACUUGCUUGUUUUCAUGGUACACAAAUUGCAAUGACUUGAGAUUUUCCAUAAAGUUCAUAAAGUCUUUAAUAAAUUUAUUCGUGUUAUAUAGUGUUUCGAAAUAUUGGAAGUUUAAAUAUAUGAAGUUUAAAUAUAUGAAAACCAUGUCAUAAACAUAUAUAUAUAUAUAUAUAUAUAUAUAUCAUAUUCCAUACUCCAUACUUGUGCCUAAAUAUUAAACUGGACUGCAAUCACACUUGACAAAGGCACUACUGGUUUUAAAACUUUGCCAGAUGAUCCUUUUGAGUAUUCUGAAAAAGUGAUGUUGCUUAAAUUUGUAUUUAUAUAAUUUGUUAACCCCCUAUUUCCUGUUUUGGUCAACACUACCUCUUGCAGCUGCAAAUCUGCAAAAAAAAAAAAAGCACCAUCUUAAUGAGUUGUUUGUGUUAGCACUAGACAAUAGUAGUCCUUUCUAACCUGGGGUGUCCCCUUUUUACUUAAUUUUUUAACAAUUUCUAACCUUUUUAGCUAGGCUUAAAAGUUUCUAGACGUCGCAGACGAACAGCUUUUUGUUUUCAUACGCUUGUCCCAGUAGAUGGAUAAAUAGAAAUAUAUUGGUGCGGUUGUGAUGAUUGUGUAUAUGCAGAGGUCUAUGUUAAUGUGCAGAUGUUCGUGCAUUCUGUGUUUGGUUCCACAUUCCCUUACAUUGAUAAUAACCAUGUGUUAUGAAUGUUAUAUUUUCAUGUUUUAUUGUAUAUGCUGUUGGGCAUGGAAGUGUAUACUAGAAUGAUCACAAAAUUCUGUCUGUAUACUUUGUACUAGCGUGCUGAAAUCUUUUGCUUUGCUUUGAGAUCUUUUUAAUUUCUGCAUGUUGAUGUUAACUGUAUUUAUAUGAUUUUAUAUUUUCUUUAGAUUAUGUGUACUUUGAAAAUUCUUCCAGUAACCCGUAUCUGAUCAGGAGGAUAGAGGAACUUAACAAGGUAAGAAAAAUGCUUUGAUUCAACACACAACUGAGGAUUUGUGAAGUGCAAAAAAAAAGCUGUCACAACGAACCCCAUUUAAAUGUCUUUCUGAUUGCUCCACUAGAAGUUUGUUCCAUGACUUGUUCUUUAUAAAUAAACUCAAUAAGAUUAAUAUUUUCACAGAAUUGUGCAUGACCAUACUAGAUUUUACUUAGUUGACUAAAUUUCAUUGCAGACAGCCAACGGCAAUGUUGAAGCAAAGGUGGUCUGUCUUUUUCGUCGAAGAGAUAUCUCCAGCAGUUUGAAUAGUCUUGCAGAUAGUAAUGCUCGUAAGUAUUAAACUUAACUAAUGUGUGUGUUGGUUUAGCCUAUUUGGUUUUCCAUAAAAAAAAAAAAAGAGAUGGGAGUUUUAUGCACUGUAACCACAACUGCUCACAAAAGUGGUUAUAGCACCUGUCAAACUCCCCCCAAUAAGAGAAUUUUAUGAAGUGCUUAUAAAGACUGUUGGAAUUUCCUUAAGUCUGUUAAAGAAACGCUAUAGGGUCAGGAACACAAACAUGUAUUCCUGAGUGCUAAAAACCACCAUCUAGCCCCCCUGUACCCUCUUAUACCCCUAAAUAUAGUAAAAUCUUACUCUUGUUCAAGUCUGCAGCUGUUGAGUUUUUUUUAAGCUAUAGCUGUGAGGCCUUGUCUCUAUCAUAGUGAGACAAUUUUUAUUGUGGGUCGCACACGAUCUUCCAUAGAUGUCACUAUUGUACUCACUCACAUGUACAAGAGUACAGCUCUAACUUGGGCUCCUGCACCCGUUGGAGACAGCAUUUGUGUGUAUACAUGUCAACUUUGCAUAUUUUGCUACACCACCACUUGGUGUGCAACAAAGGCCCCAGAAGGUGACAGAGCUUCUUUUAAGAGGCCAUGGGUACGGCCCCACAGUUUAUUAAAAUGUUAUAUAUUUAGUGGCCUACGGGUUCCAUGUAGUGAUUAUGGUGCUUGGCACGUCCCUUUAUCUGGUCUUGCUCACACCACUGUGCUUUUGAACUGUAAAUGGUUUGGAUAUGUAGUUAUUAAAGAUUUUAUUAAUUACAUUUGUUUGCUCUGGUCCAGUUUUUGGUGUGCUCUCUUAAAGAGACUCUAUGGGCACCCAAUCUACUUCAUCAAAACUUUGCUGAUUUUCUGCUGCUCAUGUUGUUUGUGAUGUUUGACUGUCUCUGUACAGGAGAGUUUGAGGAUGAGUCUAAGCAGCCUGUGGUGGGAGAACCACAGAGACACCAGCUUAAACACAGAGAGCUUUUCCUCUCCAGGCAAUUUGAAUCCUUGCCUGCAACACAUAUCCGGUAAAUACAUCCAACUUGUGCAUUGUUUUAUUAUCAUCAGAUUUUUGGGGGGGAUUAUUUACUCCACGCCGUCCUUCCCACUUACCUGAUCUCUGGCGAUGCACAGCCUGUGAUUGAUUUCGGGGGGACUUGCUUGGCAUCCCAGGGAGUCUCCCUGCGGCUGAUCUCGCCCUCCCAGGCCAUGUGCUCGCUAUGAGGUCGUGAUCACAUGGACGGAAUAGCCGUCCAAAGCAGUGCUGCAGAGGGACUUCCUGGAAUGACAGGCAGUCCCCCAGUUCCUGUAAUAAAGUUUAAAACCGUGUUAAAGGGACACUAUAGUCACCUGAACAACUUUAGCUUAAUGAAGCAGUUUUGGUGUAUAGAACAUGCCCCUGCAACCUCACUGCUCAGUACUUUGCCAUUUAGGAGUUAAAGCCCUUUGUUUAUGAACCCUAGUCACACCUCCCUGCAGGUGACUUGCACAGCCUUCCAUAAACACUUCCUGUAAAGAGAGCCCUAUUUAGGCUUUCUUUAUUGCAAGUUGUGUAAUUAAGAUUGUCUUAUCCCCUGCUAUGUUAAUAGCUUGCUAGACCCUGCAAGAGCCUCCUGUGUGUGAUUAAAGUUCAAUUUAGAGAUUGAGAUACAAUUAUUCAAGGUAAAUUAUAUCUGUUUGAAAGUGAAACCAGUUUUUUUUGUUUGUUUUUUGCAUGCAGGCUCUGUCAAUCAUAGCCAGGAGAGGUGUGGCUAGGGCUGCAUAAACAGAAACAAAGUGAUUUAAAGGACCACUCUAGGCACCCAGACCACUUCAGCUUAAUGAAGUGGUCUGGGUGCCAAGUCCCUCUAGGAUUAACCCUUUUUUUUUUUUAAAUAAACAUAGCAGUUUCAGAUAAACUGCUAUGUUUAUAUUAGGGUUAAUCCAGCCUCUAAAGCCUCUAGUGGCUGUCUCAUUGACAGCUGCUAGAGGCGUUUGCGUGCUUCUCACUGUGAAAAUCACAGUGAGAAGACGCCAGCGUCCAUAGGCAAGCAUUAUGAAUGCUUUCCUAUGAGACUGGCUGAAUGCGUGCGCAGCUCAUGCCGCGCAUGCGCAUUCAGCCGAAGAGGAGGAGGAGAGCUCCCUGCCCGGUGCUGGGAAAAAAAGGUAAGUUUUAACCCUUUCCUCGCCAUCCAGCCUGGCGGGAGGGGGACCCUGAGGGUGAGGGCACCCUCAGGGCACUAUUGUGCCAGGAAAAAGAGUACGUUUUCCUGGCACUAUAGUGGUCCUUUAACUCCUAAGUGACAGUGAAAUUGCAGGGGAAUGAUCUAUACUCUAAAGCUGCUUUAUUUCGCUAAAGUAAUUUAGGUGACUAUAGUGUUACUUUAAAGUACAUUAUGGAUAUACUUAGAUCACAUAUAUGUAUAUUCUAUAUGUGAUCUAAGUGUGUGUGUGUGUGUGUGUGUGUAUAUAUAUAUAUAUAUAUAUAUAUAUAUAUACACACACACUGUCUCUAAUUGUAUUUUAAUAUUAAAAUAAACUUAGAAUUAUAUUAAUUUUACAUAUAUUUUACAUAUAUAUUUAUAAUUUUAUAUACAUAUAUAAAAUAAAAAUUAUACAUGUGUAAUUUUGUUCUAACUGUAUUUUGAUAAUAUAUAUAUUGAUAUCCAAAUACACUUAGAACAAAAUUAUAUAUAUCUAUAAAAAAAUUACAUGUCAUGUAAUAGUCACUCUUAUUUAUGUGUAUUUUAUUGCUGUAAAAGCGAACAGUAUGACAUUCACAGUUAAAAUGCCAUGCAUAACUAAAAAAAAAUCUUAAUUUCUCACCUUUUUAUUAUAUUUUAUUCACAUUAAGUUAUGUUUUGUAUAUAAUAUUUGAUAUGAAAUAUGAUGCAGAUAUAUUUGUUUCUCCUGAAUAAAAUUAUAUAUAAUAAGUGUGCGUACAUUUAAUUUGAAAGAGGUGAUUUGGUUGAACAGACAAAUAGCGCAAAUUCUAAGUUUUGUUUACAUUUUGUUCACAAGUUGUACAACUGCCUCAGUCCUUAAGGGGUUAAAUAUCAACUGUAUUUGUAUACUGUAUGCAAAUGUGUGUUGUUUUUCUCGUGCUAUAGCGGAAAGUGCAGUGUGACUCUUCUAAAUGAGACGGAUAUCUUAAGCCAGUACCUGGAAAAAGAGGUAUGUGAUCGAUCUUGUAGAGACCUCCCCCAAAAUAUUUCACAAACUUCCUCUUUAGCUAUUUUUAUGUAGCCAUCUUUAUAAUCUGACCUCAGUCUUUUCCUUUGUUGGUAUGUACAUUAUAGAUGUGUAGAGUAUUAUCAUGUUUGUAUUUUUUUGUUUCUUUAGGACUGCUUCUUCUACUCGCUUGUGUUUGAUCCUGUGCAAAAAACACUGUUGGCUGAUCAGGGAGAAAUUCGUGUUGGGUCAAAGUACCAGGCAGAUAUUCCAGACCAGCUUGCAGAAGGUAAGCAGCAUUUAGUAGUGAAAUCUCCAUUUAGCCUAACAUGGUUUAGUAGCACUGAUUACCAGAUAAUACUGCAGCCAGGGUAUAAAAUUCCUUUACUUGACCUGUUCCUGGUCGUUUCUUUUCUGUUAGGCGAGUCUGAUAACCGGAACCAGCAGAAGAUGGAAAUGAAAGUUUGGGAUCCAGAGAAUCCUCUGACAGACAGGCAAAUAGAUCAAUUUUUGGUGGUGGCCAGGUAAUUAUUUGUGUCUUGAGGUGGGGAAUACUCUCUUGGUACAGAAAUACAAAUGUAUAAUAUACUUCUUUUCCUGAUGAUCUCCUUCCUUCUGUUUCUUUAGAGCGGUUGGAACAUUUGCAAGAGCUUUAGACUGUAGCAGUUCUAUCAGACAACCAAGUUUACAUAUGAGCGCAGCUGCUGCAUCCCGUGACAUCACACUGGUGAGCAUUAAGCUUUUCUUUUUAUGAGACCUUCACUGUCCACAAUUCAUGUUUGGCUUUCAAAGCAGUUUUUAUCUUGCAAGUGUCAAAAUUGUAAAUGUUUAAGUGUUGUUAAUCUGGCAGUUUACAUUAACAUGUUAAUGUGCUCAUGGUCUGCAUGUAAUUAAGAAAAUCUCUUAAACCAAUGAUGUGUGCGCAUGUCUAGUAGGGGACUUGGUUUAAAACUUAUGGGAUGCAAAACUGCGAGACCCAAAUGUUGGCCAUUUGGAGAGACAAAAGGAUCUCCCCAGCCAGCCCAGAGGCACCCUUUUUUUGAUUAUGCAGGAAAUGACCCAGUGGUUUUUACUGCAGCUGGUGUAGAUACCGUAGGCAACGCUCCCUUGCACUCUAGCGCUUCUCAGGGAUUCAUACCAUUGCUACAGCUUACUAUGUCAAUGCCAGAAUAGCACCAGAGUGGUGACAGGCACAAGUGGUCUGCACCUACAGAAUGUGCCAACUGUCAUUUCCAAACAUCAGGCAACUGUGUAUUUUUUUUUAUUAAAGUAAUAUUUUUUGCAUAAAGACCUCCACAACACCCCUGCAAACUAGCUUCCCACACAACACUACAAUAGCACUUAUGCAGCCUCCCCACACAAUACAAGAGACCGCCUACAUGAGACAUAAGUACUACAAGCAAUGAAGUACAAUUAACAUCAGUAUACACACAAACGUAACACAAAGGCAGCCGACAUAAACAAACAAUACUACAAGCAUCUCAUAUACACAAUACAGAAUGGACAGCCUCCACUACAAAACAAUACCACAAACAGCCCAUUUACACACAUCAGCACUGUUAGCCCCACCACACACAAAUGGCACAAUUACCCUACAUAUACAUGCAUAACAGGCAUUACAAAUUAUCUUAUUCUUGCCACUAUGCAGCAAGUGACAUGGUUAAGGUAGCAUGUAUUGCUUUGCUAAAAUAACUAGGUGCCACCAAUCUGAUAUUACUUUUCCAAAGCGAACCAGAGAUUUUUUUUCCCCAGAACUCGGUCUGUGACUUAUCCUAAAAUAGUUGGAUUGUCCUAAAUAAUAUGGAUUAUGUUGGUACCCAAGGCAUGAAGGAUGUGAAAAUACUACUGUGAUGUAUAAGUGGGUUAACACAAAGUUGGACAUACCUGUUUCAUGCAAAGGAUAAGUAUUAGAAUUUUCUAACUUUGUCCUGAUUCCUCUAGUUUCAUGCAAUGGACACACUACAAAGGAACGGUUACGAUCUGGCCCGUGCAAUGUCUACACUGGUUCCUCAAGGUGGCCCAGUUCUGUGCCGGGACGAGAUGGAAGAAUGGUCAGCAUCAGAAGCUAUGCUAUUUGAGGAGGCUCUUGAGAAAUAUGGCAAGGACUUCAAUGACAUCCGGCAAGACUUUGUGAGUCACAGAUAUGUGGCAUGUAUAAUGUAAAAAAUAAUGAAUUACUGUGUAACUUUUUUUUUUUCUCACCAAGCUCCCCUGGAAGUCACUCGCAAGCAUUGUACAGUUUUACUACAUGUGGAAAACCACAGACAGAUAUAUCCAGCAGGUGAGAGUUUGAUUUGUCUAGAAAUCCAACAAGUGAGGAAAUGCACUUAAUUUUUUUUUUUUUUUAACCAUUAGUCUUGCUUUCUUGUAGAAACGACUGAAGGCAGCAGAGGCUGAUAGCAAACUGAAACAAGUCUAUAUACCUACAUAGUAAGUGUCCAACUAUUUUGUGCUUCUAAUAAUGCUAGAUAGAACCAGUUUAGAUCUGUGAAAUCGGCUGUAUAAUUUGAUCUAGUAAGUUGAAAACGUGCAUGCAUGGUGUAUGCAAGUCUUGCUAUAAAGAUGCACCCAUUGCUUCAUCAGCAUAGACUUCUGACGUCAAACAAGCCAGGUGUGUGCUUUUGUUUUCCAUGUUUAAACCCACGGUAUGCAAAUCUUUGGCAGUCUUUUCCAUUUUGAUCCAUGUGUCUCACACCAUUUCUAGUCUCUGCUAUUGUUACAUCAGCGCAGGAAGCAUGAAUUGUGUAUUUACAUUCACCUUUUUUUUUUUUUUUAAUUCUUUCUCCACAGCACCAAACCUAACCCCAAUCAGAUUAUUUCUGUUGGAUCUAAGCCUGGACUUAAUGGUGCUGGCUUUCAGAAAGGGCUGACCUGUGAGAGCUGCCACAGUAAGUUUCCUCAAUAUGUUAUGUGCUCCUAUAAUUCUUGAGUAUGCUUAUCUUUUCAUUGCUCAUCUGACAUAAUGAAUUUUCCAUAAUUCUUCUAUUUUUAGAAUCUCUUUACUAAAGAUAAUUUUAUGCAUUUUUCAAUCCCUUUUCUCUUUAGCAACCGUCUCUGCUCAGUGGUAUGCCUGGGGUCCACCUAACAUGCAAUGUCGCCUUUGUGCUUCAUGCUGGAUCUACUGGAAAAAGUAUGGAGGGCUUAAAACUCCAACUCAACUUGAGGGUGCAGCACGGAAUGUUGGGGUAAGUGUAUUCCCCAUAAAAAAAAAAAACUUAAAUAUGCAUUCCUUUUAGAUCUAUGGUAUUGAUUGUUAUUUUGUCAUUCCAGGAAUCACAUUCCCGAGGUCAUCUCUCAAGUCAGAGUAUAUCCCCUUAUACCACCAGCGCCAACCGCGCUAAACUACUGGCUAAGAACCGUCAGACUUUCCUUCUCCAAACGACCAAACUGACUCGCAUUGCUCGGCGGAUGUGCAGAGAUAUUCUGCAGCCAAGAAGAGCUGCUCGUCGACCCUAUGCACCUAUCAAUUCUAAUUCGAUCAAAGCAGAAUGUAAGCGGCCUUAAAAUAAGCCUGUGUCCCACUCUAUAGUGGCUUUCUCUUUUUCCAAAAAUGGACAUGCUUUUAUCUUCCUUUAGGUUCUAUUCGACUUCCAAAAGCAGCUAAAACACCAUUGAAAAUUUUGCCUCUGGUGCGCCCUCCCUUGGCUGCAAUCGUAAAAGAAUUAGGUAAGAAACAUAAAUGUGAAAGUUUAUAUGAUGUCUCUUCCUACUGUUUCCUACUUCUUAUGUUCUUUUUUUGAUUACCCUGUCUUCCCCCAGCUGCCCAGGCUCCUCUGAAACCGAAAACCCCACGAGGAACAAAGACUCCAAUAAAUCGAAACCAGCUGACACAAAGCAGAGGUCUUAGUGUGCUACCCGCCAAGAGAACAUAUGAUGCAGUGAGUGAUAUGAUACUACUGAGAUGUCCAGUAUCAUUAAUUCCCCUGAAUACACCACCAAACUUACAAUAAACACCUCUGUCUUUAGGUGUCUGGGGUGGGGGUGGUCCCUCCAUUCUCAGCAAAUGGCCGAUCCUUCUCCUCGGGUGUCCGAUCCAGCACUCAGCCCACUGUCAAGAGGCAGAAACUCAACCUUGCCGAUGCCCCUAAUCCUGUAGUGUUUGUGGCUACUAAAGACACAAGGUAACAGAAUCUCCCCUAUGACUUUUUAAGAUAAAUUGAUGGCAGUAUUUCAUUCUCAGUAAGUCUGAGUUUGCACCCCUUGGGGAACUGUCUGAUAAAGUUUCUGUCUAUGUAAGUACCCUCUGUUAAUCAUACACAUGAGCCUUUCUGUAUAGCUUAUUCUAAUCUAAUCCCCCCUACUGUUAACAUGUCACUGUCAUUUUUUUCUGGGUGUCCACAAUUCUUAUCCCUUCAUUCACUUUGUUCCCAGGGGUGAUAAAUUAAGGAAGACUUAAGGCAUUACCUCUUAGGCAUUACUGCAUAUCCCCAACAUUUUAAUACAUGUUUCUAGAUAGCUCACUUUCUUAGUACUUUAUUGUUCUAUGUCCACAGAUGUUUAAGGAAAUCUUUGUCACACAUGGAGAUGCGUAGAGCUGCUCGGCGUCCCAAUCAACCCCUUAAGUUUAAGAUACCGUUGCCAACGCCACGGCCCGUUCAUCAUCCCACCCUCAGUGCAGCGCAUCCUGCCAGUACAAGUGAGCCUAUAGUGCUGGAGGACUGAGGGAAUCCUAGAGUCGUCCUAAUCCAGAGAGUUUGCCCUGCAACCUUUCGACUACCGGUGCUGUUCAGCCAGUAUAUACCAAUCAUUCAAUUGUGUUGGAGGACAGAGGGAGAGGGAACAGCAAGACCGAUCCUUUUGAAAUUUAUACAUUACAAACUGUCCACACAGCAGCAUCAAGGACACUUUUUUUUUUUUUUUUCUCUUUCUUAACAUCUUGUUUCCCUUACAUUCUUCCCAUCUCCUUUAUUUUUAAUAUAUAUUUUCCUCUCCCCAACCCUACCCCUUUCCAGUUUGUCGGCUCUCUUAAACCUAGCUCAUUUUCCCAGUUGUUUUUUUUUUUGGGUUGUUUUUUUAAUUAUUCUUUAGGUUUGUUUUUUGCUUUUUUGUACAAGGAAAACUGUAAUUCCACCAGUAAACGGAGAAAAGACAACAGUGUGCUCUUUUGUGUGUGUGUGUGUGCGCAUGGGGAAAAUAGUGUACUGCUUCAGUUCUUAAUUUAAUAACAAACUUGGAUAAGGCCAGGUUUACAUAAUAAAAAUGGGGCUUCUUCAUUUGCCCUCUUUGUGAUAUUAUUGGAGUUGGCAGCAGUGGGAUUGAUUAAUUCUAAUUGUCCUUGAUUUGAUUACUCCUUUGGUAACAUGCUCAAACGGCUAUCUUUAUAGCCGCCACAUGCAGCAUAGUUGGGACAAACUUGUCUCUGUACAGUUUGUGUGUUUUGUCAUACAAAACGCAAGCCAAGUGAAACUCCUAUCUGGGUGAUUCAAAUGGUCCCAUACAGUGGUCUUCAGAGUACACAGGGGGUUCUUGAUAUCCUGUAAGAAAGAGGAUUUUAUUAAACUAAGCAAAUAUGAGACCAUUGUAAAAACAAAAAUGUUGUGCCCACUUCAAAAUUUCACAUGGUCAGUCCCUUUGUAUUAGUGACCGUACAAAGUUCUACUUUCCGUUACUCAUACUGACUAGAGAUCGACCGAUAUUGGUUUAUUUUUAUUUUUUUAGAACAGAUAACUUACCAAUAUUCUGUACACUUACCGUUUUUAAAAAAGAAACAAUUUCUACACAAAUUACUGUUUACUGAGCAAAUUUUAUGUUAAAAUAUUUUUUUAGCAAAUCUUUUUUCUCUAUUUUUUAAGUGGUAAAUGUACUAAAUAUACAUGCCAGUCAGAUUUUUUUUUUUUCCUUUCAAGAAUAUUUAGUGUUCCUCUCCCUUCCCUCCUCUCCUUUCCCUGUCCCUUAGUGUUCCUCUUCCCUACCUUCCCUGUCCAUUAGUGUUCCUUUACAUUCACCUUCCCUACCUGUCCUUUAGUGUGUGUGUCUCUCACCUCAGUGGUCCUCUCCCUGGUGUGCCUCUUUAUCUCUCUUGUAGCGUGGCCUAGCGCAGCGUUUCCUGUACCCGGCGGGACUGAUCGGAAGUGUUCUUUGUCAGUUCAGCUCGGCUUAACCACGUUACAAUGAGUGACUGGUAGUCACUCUAUUCUUCCUGCCAGUCACUCUAUUCUUGCAGAGCCAGUGCGCUCUAAGAUGGUCGCCUUAUGAUUAUCGGUCUAUCAUUCAAUACUGACCCUCAUGUGUUCCCUUGGUAAAUGUUUUUUAUACAUUUGGGGUGUUAUUCUGAUUAUGUGUGUUAUGUGUGUUCAAAAAUAUUCUCUGCAUCUUGGACAAAAAAUUGCCAAAGUUAAGGCUAAAGCUAACAGACCAUUUUUAUUUACUACAAAAGGGAUAUUACAAGCAGUAGUGGUGUAGGAAAACAAAAAUUCUGCAUAUUUAUAAUAAUCUAUCCUGUCAAUCUUCACUGCAGGAAGAGAAAUUGGUAUAUUUGUAGAUUGUAUUGUGUGAGGGUUUUUUUUUCCCCAGAGAGAUUGUAUUUAUGAUUUCUGUCCGGAAAUCAACCAGCCAUUGUGCAUGUGUGAACAAUGACUACUUCAGCAUACUAGUCAAUGUGGGUGCUGGACGCCGUUGAGCAUCUGUACUGUGUGGCUGUCUCAUUUAAAAUGACUGCGCAAAGAAUGCAAAAUUUGAUGCAGUCAUUGCUCGAAGCUUGAACAUUCCUCCCCGGAAACUAUUCAAAUGAUUCAGAAGGUUUUCGGGGAUGUGCAAUGAGUGCAGCGCAAAUAAAAGUGUGGCACAAACGUUUCAACGAUGGUUGAGAAUCUGUUGAAAGAUUUGGCGCCCUGUGACUUUUGGCAUUUCCCAAAAACAAAAUCACCUUUGAAAGGGAAGGGAUUUCAGACAGUCGAUGAGAUUCAUGUAAAAACGACAAAGCAGUUGAUGGUGAUUUCAACAAAGGAUUUUGUUCCAAUUCAAACAGUGGAAGAGGCACUGGGAGAACUGUGUGAGGUACCCUGGUGCCUACUUUGAAGGGGACUGAGGCAUUAUUGUCCUAUGUACAAUGCUUAUUGUAUCUUCUUCAAUAAAUGUCUGUUUUACAUA